GAAGGUGUGCUUUUGUAUGUAGAUAGAGAAAUUAUUAAGUAACACUACAAGUCUAUCUAUCUAACAAAAUAUAUAUGGCUGCUAUCAAUCACUUGACAUAUCUUGAAAGAUGUCAAGUCUCAGCACCACCAAAAACCGUUGGAGAAAAAACUUUGCCACUUACUUUCUUGGAUUUGCUACACCUACCCGAAUAUCCGGUUACCCGACUUUACUUUUACGAUUUCCCACAUUCUACAUCGCAUAUCAUUCAAACCCUUGUUCCAAAACUCAAACACUCGUUAUCCAUUACUCUUCAACACUUUUUCCCAUUUGCGGGUAAGUUAGUCAUGUUUCCUGAUGACGUCACCAGGAAGCCUGAAAUCCGUCACGAGGAGGGUGAUUGGGUUGCACUAACAGUUGCCGAAUCUAGUCUUGAUUUUGUCGAUCUCGUAGGAAAUCUUCCUCGAGAUCGUAAUAAGUUUCACCUUUUGAUACCUGAUUUUGAAUUUCCAAUUAAGGAAAAUUAUUUUCCUACGUUUGCUGUUCAAGUUACGGUUUUUCCAAACUCGGGUAUCUCGAUUGGUCUCGCCCUUGCCCAUAUCCUUUCUGAUGCAUCCUCUUUGAAUGCUUUUUUUAAGGCUUGGAAUUCGAUGACCAAAAAUGGUACGGACGAGGCAUUUUUAGCCACUGGAUCCGUACCAUUUUAUGAUAGAUCGGUUAUCAAAUAUCCUAACUUGGAAAAUAUCUAUGUGAUGACUUAUAAGAAUCAUCAUCAAUCACCUUCACGGAUACAAGUUUUUGAAAAAAUGUACCAAACUCGUUCUUUAUUCGCAAUACAAAACGACAGUAGAGUCGUUGCUAAGUUUCACUUGACACAAACACAAAUCAAUUUGCUUAAAAAGUUCGUUUUGGUUCGAUUUCCGACUUUAGAAUAUGUAUCAUCCUUUUCAGUAGGUUGUGCCUAUGUAUGGAUGUGUAUGGCCAAAUCACGUACCAAUAAAAAACAUACUAAUAAUAUUGAUGAAAUAGUAGAAUCUUUUGUUUUUUAUGCAAAUUUGAGGGCUCGUUUGGAUCCACCGGUUCCCGAAACUUAUUUCGGAAAUUGUGUGGGGCUAUGUAUUGCCACAGCAAAAACCAGCACUCUUGUUACAACUUCAGGAUUUCUCAAAGCCGCUGAAGUCAUAGUAAAAUGUAUUAGGGAAAAUACAACGGUCGAUGUAAUUAAGGAGGCGGAGACAUGGAUGGAGAAACUUUUAUCGGUACGCGCACCGGCUAUUUGCGUUGCCGGAUCUUCAAAGUUCAAUGUUUACGACGUUGAUUUUGGAUGGGGAAAGCCUAGAAUGCAUCGGGGUAUAAAAAUAAACAACCCCCCUGAUGACGUCAUCCAUAUCGAUGCGACCCGAGAAUCACCUCACGAUCUGGAGUUUGGUUUGUCCCUUUGUCCUCAGCAGAUGUCUGCUUUUAUCCCUAUAUUUGAAAACGAAAUACGAAACAUGUGCGCGCUACUAGAAAACAAGGCUUUACCGACGGCAAAACUCUAACGCAAUAAAAUUAAAAGAACACUUCUUCCGAGACCGACGGUAACCAGUCAGUAAUUGUUAAUGUGAUAUUUUGUAUUUGAAAUAAACCCGUCCGAUCAUUUGUAAUACAAUUUGUUCUUUAUAUUUUGUAUUUUAAA